GUCACGCCCCUCCGGCAGCGGUCCUGAAGUCGGUAACGACUGACGGACACAGUUAAACAAGUCCAGAGACACUGACGGUGCUGCACGAAUCCAGGCGCGUCACUGCUCACACAAACGGGAAUAAUUUCGGUUCGCCGCGGAGCACGAGAGGAGCGCGGAGUGGCGUUCGCGAGACUCCCGCAAUGGAUCGGAGACUUUUAACGGUUCUUCUCCUUUCUCCCGUUAUUUUAUCGAUCUCAAACGGAGCUGUUCAACAGUUACAAGAUGACUGUCUCUUGGAAAAGUCGUAUACGGAGUGCGGCUACAGUCAAGGCAGAGACGACGACUUCGACUGGGAGCAGAUGAACACCAAGCAGAAACCGUCGUCAGACCGCUGGGUGCCAUCAGGUUCGGCGUUCAUGAUGGCGAACACGUCUGGAAAGUUCCCUGGACAGAAGGCUCAGCUCUAUGUCCCUCAGUUCAAAGAGAACGACACACACUGCGUCAUAUUUCACUAUUAUGGUGCCAGUCGAGAGGGUUCGAGUCCCGGACAGCUCUUCAUCUAUGUUAAAGAGAACAACAGUCCUCUGGGCAUCCCGGUGUGGAACUCAUCAGGACCGGCACUUCAGAAAUGGCAGCAGGUGGAGCUCGCCAUCAGCACCUUCUGGCCCAAUUUCUACCAGCUGGUGUUUGAAGUUGUGACGUCAGGUGAACGGGGUUUGCUGGCUAUCAAAGGAAUCUCUCGUCAGGGGCAUCAGUGCAUGAACACACCUCACUUCCUGCACAUUAAAGGUGUGGAAGUGAACGCCAGACAGACGGCCACAUUUCAGUGCACCAUUAACGGACAACCCAAAGAUCACGUCAACUACAAACUGUGGCUACAGGGCAUCGGAGGACGCGAGGCACCGAUGAAAGACACCAAACCUGUGAACACCAGACGCUAUAUGGGCAUGUUUGAUAUCGUCAACACCACAAAGGGAGACUCGGGCCGGUAUCGCUGUAUCGUCCAAUCUAAUAAAGGAGUAGGAGUGUCCAGUUACGGCGCUCUGGUGGUGAAACAGCCUCCGAUCCCCAUCGCUCCCCCUCAGCUGACCGCCGUAGGCGCCACCUACUUGUGGAUCCAACUCAACGCCAACUCCAUCAACGGUGACGGCCCCAUCAUCGAGAAAGAGGUGGAGUACCGCACGCUCUCCGGCAGCCUCAUCGACAACCAACCCGUCGACAAACCAAACCACAAGAUCGGUCACCUGGACCCCGACACCGAGUAUGAGAUCAGUGUCCUCCUCACCAGACCAAACGAGGGAGGAACCGGAGCUCCAGGACCGCCGCUCAGAGCCAGAACUAAGUGUGCAGACCCCAUGCACGGCCCUUCUAAACUGGAGGUGGUGGACAUCAAAUCGAAGCAGUUCACCGUUCGCUGGGAGCCGUUCGGCUACAACGUGACCCGUUGUCAUAGCUACAAUCUGACGGUGCAGUACCGUUACAUGGCGAACGGCAAAGAGGAGACGAGGGAGGAAAUGUGUUACGACAUCCUCAGUGUGUCGCCUCAGCACACGAUUCGUAACCUACCGCCGUACACCAACGUCAGCGUUAAACUAGUGCUGCGAAACCGCGAGGGCGACAAAGAGAGCGACGAACUCGACGUUCUUACGGAUGAAGAUGUGCCUGGCGCUGUGCCGCUGGAAUCCAUCCAGGGAAGCACGUAUGAAGAGAAGAUCUCUCUCAAAUGGAGGGAACCCAUUCAGACGUACGGAAUAAUCAAACAGUAUGAAGUCUUCUAUAAGGCCGUGAGCUCGUUUGACCCCGAGUUCAAUCUGUCCAAUCAGAGCGGGAAGAUUCUGAAGCUCAGUAACGAGACGGCUCAUCUGUUCGUGGGUCUGUAUCCCGGUUCGACGUACUCGUUCACCAUAAGAGCCAGCACGGUGAAAGGAUACGGACCGCCCACCAUCACACAGUUCACGACCAAGAUCUCACCGCCGCGUAUGCCGGGAUACGAGCAGGAGACGCCGCUGAAUCAGACCGACAGCACAGUGACAGUCCUGCUGAAACCGGCUCAGAGUCGAGGAGCACCUGUCAGUGUGUAUCAGGUCGUUGUUGAAGAGGAGCGCCCGCGUCGUUCACAGAGAGCGGCGGAGAUCCUGCGCUGUUACCCGAUCCCCAUUCACUUCCAGAACGCGUCUGUACUCAACUCGCAGUACUACUUCUCAGCUGAGUUCCCCGCUGCUCGUGUGCAGGCCCCGAUGCCCUUCACCAUCGGUGACAACCGUACGUAUGACGGGUACUGGAACCUGCCACUGUUGCCCCACAAGAGCUACAGCAUCUACUACCAGGCAGUGAGCACGGCCAACGGGGAAACCAAAAUCGAUUGUGUUCGUGUGGCCACUAAAGCUGCCAUUAUAGUGACUCAGCUCACCACGCCGUAUGUGCGUAUUGCACCGGCUGCCGGCGACCACCAACUAACAGGUGCCGCCACCAGGAAGCCCGACGCCGUGGAACCGGAGAAACAGACGGAUCACACGGUGAAGAUCGCCGGCGUCAUCGCUGGCAUCCUCCUCUUCGUCAUCAUCUUCCUCGGCGUGGUGCUGGUCAUGAAGAAACGGAGAACCUAUCACUCCUACACUUACUACCUAAAACUGGCGAAGAAGCGCAAGGAGACGUUGAGCAGCACGCGGCAGGAGAUGACGGUGAUGGUGAACUCGAUGGACAAGAGUUACGCUGAGCAGGGCACCAGCUGUGAUGAAGCCAUCUCGUUCAUGGACACUCACAAUCUCAACGGCAGACCUGUCUCCUCGCCAUCCUCGUUUACCAUGAAGACUAACACACUGAGCGCCUCCGUGCCAAACUCUUAUUACCCAGCCGUAACCCUCGGCACAUUUCAUCUGUGUGAUGUGUUGAAGGAGAUCCGCUACACGGAUCGCCGGAUGAAGCUGUCCGGUCUGGUACGGGACGUCCACGGCUUCACAUUUCUUAUAGGAGUGAGUGUGCGACUGGACCAGACUGCUGGUUUCGCUGUUCAUGGCUGUGUGGGAUAUAACACGGAACAAACCGGAAAACUCUCCAGACAAUUAGUCAAGCCAAAGACACUCAAAGUCUCUCUCUCUCUCUCUCUCUCUCUCUCUCUUCCUGUCAAUAUCUUCCUCAUCUUCAUCAUCAUCACUCAGAGCUACAAACAGCCGUCUGCGUUCAUCGUUACCCAGCAUCCUCUGCCCAACACAGUGAAGGAUUUCUGGCGUCUGGUGCUGGAUUACCACUGCACGUCUAUAGUGAUGCUGAACGACGUGGACCCGGCGCAGUUGUGUCCGCAGUACUGGCCUGAGAAUGGAGUUCACCGUCACGGGCCGAUCCAGGUGGAGUUUGUGUCGGCCGAUCUGGAGGAGGACAUCAUCAGCAGAAUAUUCCGCAUCUACAACGCCGCACGGCCGCAGGACGGGUAUCGGAUGGUGCAGCAGUUCCAGUUUUUGGGUUGGCCAAUGUACCGCGACACGCCCGUGUCCAAACGCUCCUUCCUCAAACUCAUCAGACAGGUGGAUAAAUGGCAGGAGGAGUAUGACGGAGGAGAGGGACGGACUGUAGUGCACUGUCUUAACGGGGGCGGUCGCAGCGGGACGUUUUGUGCGAUCAGUAUCGUGUGUGAGAUGUUGCGACACCAGCACUCGGUGGACGUCUUUCACGCUGUUAAAACACUGAGGAACAACAAACCCAACAUGGUGGAUCUACUGGAUCAGUAUAAGUUCUGUUAUGAAGUGGCACUGGAAUACUUGAAUUCUGGGUAAAAUGUGUGGAAGCUGCUCCCCCUGAUUAUCAUGACCCCUGACCUCCCUAAACCCCUGGACAUUACAACCCAAGAAUGUUUCAAACUGGACCGGACCGUUCUGGAGGAGCUGCUGAAAGCGCCGAUACGGUUUCUGUAUUUCGGGAGGGAUUGUGACUCUUGCACUGCCCUUAUGAACUCUCUGUUUCCUGCUCUCGCCUCUGUGUGCUCGUAUCAACAAGACUUCGUCCGACACGAGAGAACGCUGUCGUGUUUAUCUUGUCUUUUAAUCCUCAUCGGACGAUGUCCAUCACAUGGAUGUUAAUUUGAUAUACUCUUUUUUUUAAUGUUUAUUUGGUUUUUGUACCUCUAUAAUUCUUUAGCAUGUACAGUGAAUCAUGUGGCAUUACGAGCGCAGAUAUUACCCUGUAACGUCGUCAUCUGUGUUUGUGUUGAACGAUACUGCUGAAAUGAAUGAUCCUCGCACCGCUGAAACGUCCCGUCAGAGACCCAAAGCUUGUACUUGUGAUCAUUUUGUUGAUAUUGUAAAUAGCUGAAGUUCACCAGAUAAUUUAUUCAUUGACGUCUUCUUUUAAUUUGUGUGUGUGAAUCACACCGAGUGACAAUCAUGUGAUCAUUUGCUCAUUAUUAUCAUAAGGACUCAGAUUGUGUUCACUCUUUAUUUAUCUGGUAUGAAAAAAAACUAAACUUAAAACCUAUAAAUACAUAUCUAUAUCUGCCAAUGUGUCGUUCGUGUGUCUUUUGUGCUGCUGAGAUUAUUGUGGAGAACACAUUUAAUAAUGGCGCUUUUCCAUUACCAGUACCAGCUCGCCUCGGCUUGCCUCGCCUCGGCUCGCUUUUCGCUCCGUUUUCCAUUGCAGACAGUACCGCCACAAAUAAUACCCGGUCGUCAUAGCGACACCGCAGGAAACUGCCGUGACGUAAUCUUAUACGCGACACACAUCCGCUACCCACACACACAGGACAAUGGAGGAAAUCGAGUGUAUGCUGUUUUUGAUCCUCGGGAUGUGGCUGUUUCUCACAGCAAGAAGACAAACGUUGUUUCAUGAGAGGCUGAGGGCAGCAAAACGAAACACUGCUGAAAAAAACAGGAGAGUUUGGGAAUUACUACAGAGUUCAGACUACGAGACGAAUCCGGUUGUUCACAGCCAACGCAAGAGAUCUGUUUAGCUUUGCAAAGUCGCCGCGGCAGACCGUCUGUUUGGGCUUUCAACCGAGCUACCGAUUCACUGACACUGGACGGCUGACAGUAGAACAGCAGAUCUACAACAAGAAAAUAUGUCGAGCACGGGUAGUGGUUGAAAACGCUUUUGGUAGACUGAAGGGAAGGUGGCGUUGCCUCAUGAAAAGAAAUGACUGUGAUGUUACAAUUGUGAAAUCUAUGAUUCUUACUUGCUGUGCUUUGCAUAACCUUUGUGAGAGUCACGGAGAGGACUAUGACAAUGACUGGGAUGCACCUGCAGCAGCAGAGACUGUGGUGGCAGUGGCACAGGGUGUUGAGGAGGAGGGCAGAGACGUACGAGAGGGUCUGAUGCGUUAUUUUAAUUGCUAAAUAAAUACAUUAUCAUUAAAUAU